CGAGAGGGCACUGGAAGUUGUCGCGCCGAAAGCUUCCGCGGCCGUUCCGUAGCCAUUUUGGCUCAAGCCCCACUGCAGCUGUGGCCUGUGGUCUUUGCACCGCGCUUCAGCCCAGCCGCGACGACGGCCGCCAAGGGUGAUCACCCGGCCCCUCGUCGUGGCCACUGUCUUGGGACCUGUUUACACCCACGGGCACUCAGACAUGGGCUCUCCACGAUUCGAACCAUUACAGGAGGGUAUCGAUAUCACCUGCACAUCGGUGCCCCGCACCCGGCUCGCGGGCCCCCCUGGGGCAUUCUUUCCCCCAGCCGAUCCCGGCGCCGCCGGCCCCUGUCAGGCGCAGGCCGGUGGCCCCGCAGGCGCGGACGGGCAGGCCGACGACGCGGCCGCCCCCGCAUUCGGUGCGGACGCGGGCAACGAGGAGCCCGCGGCUGGGCCCAGCUCCCACGGGCGCGCGCCCGCCCCCGACGCCGCCGCGCCGCCGCCACGCCCGCGCGGGCGGCACCGGAAGAUCCCCAAGGCCCCGGCCGCGGGCGCGGCACAGGGGGGCCGGGCGGGCGGCGCCCGGGUGCCGGCGAGCCUGCAGGUCGCACUGGACCCCGCCCAGGCCGAGUCGCUGAGGUCCAUGCUCGCCAGCGGCGAGCCGGGCGCCUGGCAGCGCGCGGACCAGCUGCUGCAGCGCGCCCUCGGCCUGCGGGCCCCGCCGGACUGGCACACCUUCAACAGCGUCAUCCGCUCGCACUCGCUCACGGGCAACGUGCUCAUGGCCCUGUCCUGGAUGGCGGCCCUCGGCUUCGAGCCGAGCUCCGUCAGCCACGCCUGCGUGAUCAACGCCUGUGCGCAGGCCGGGGACGUGACCCGCGCGGAGCAGUGGCUCGCCGAGAGUUUCACCGCCGACGCCGUGCCCAACAAGUUCAGCUUCAACUCCGUCAUCCACGCCUGCGCGAAGGCCGGCCGCAUGAUGCGGGCGGAGCAGUGGCUCAACGCGCUCAUGAAGGAGGACAUUUUCAGCCCGGACGUAGUCAGCUACAACACCGUCAUCCACGCAUACGCUCGCAAGGGCAACGUUGACAGGGCAGAGUUCUGGCUGAGGCAGAUGGUCAAGGCCAACCUGGUUCCCAACGAGGUCACCAUGGGCUCGUUGAUCAACGCGUGUGCUGAGGCUGGGAAGGCGAACAGGGCUGAACGCAUUCUGAUGGCAAUGACCGAGGACCAUUGCCUGAAUCCGAACGACAUCUGCUACAACGCGGUCAUCAAGGCAUGCGUGAACUGUCGCAGCUUCGACAGGGCGGAGGUGUGGAUGAAUCAGAUGAAGAGUGAGGGCUUCGCCCUUACCACGAUGACCUACAACCUGUUCAUCCACGGAUGCGCCCAGGCGGGAGACUUGGUCCUCGCCGACAAGUACUUCAACGAGAUGAUCAGGGAGGGGUGUCAGGCGAACCGCAUCACGUUCAAUUCGUUACUGAACUUGUGCGCCAACCGUGGGGAGGUGGAGCGGGCUCAGGCCUGCAUGGACCACAUGACCUCGUGCGGGCUGGUGCCGGACCAGGUGAGCUGGGGCGCGCUCCGCAAGGCGCACGCGCGCCGCGGCGACGUCUUCGCCAUCAAGGCAGUGAUGCGGUCCUUGCCGAGCAAGGGGAUCUCCCUGAACGAGUACUUCUACGCCUCCCUCAUCACCGCGUGCGGCAUCUCGAGCCCGCCGCAGCCGCUCGAGGCAGAGCAGGCGUUCCAGGAGUGCCUCGGCGCCGGCCUCUGCAGCUCCCGGCUCCUCAAGGUGCUCGGGCGCGUGGUCGGGGGCUCGCGCGCGGCGGCCUUCUGCGCAGGCCACCAGGGCCCCCCGCCCGCGGGCCCCAGCCCGGCGCCGGCCGCAAGGGCAAGGGCCGCAGCGGCUCCCACAGGCAGUAGGUCGCCUCUCACUGGCGCGGGGGGGGGGGCGGCGGCGGCCCCUUCGCAGGCCGUCCUGCGGGCGGGCUGCGCGGCCUCGCUGCCAAGCGGGCCACACCGCUCCAGGAUCAGGCAGGCUCCGGAUCGAGAUGCGUCGGUCCAGAGAGUUUCGGAAAGCUCUGGAAGGACCGCGGCGCCCGAGACUCAAAGCCCGCCCGCCGAUCUUUCGGAUAUGUUGUCCGGUGCAGAUCGGUUUGUCUUGAUUGUGCCUUGGUCUUAGGGUUGUGUGGGGGCGGAAUGUUUGUUUGUGGGGGGCUGUUCGGGAAGGUGGGCUCACAUCGGCGACAGCGCCCCAUGUGCAGAAAUAAAUGUAGUAUGCCACAUUUGCUAAAUCUAUGUUUCACCGCUCUCCUUCGGCAUAUAUUUAUUUGGAACAGUCCAGUCUAGACGACAAGGUACAGACUGCAUGCUGGAUCGCUCGGCGGUGCUUCUGCCACAGUUAGAGGUGGAUGGCUUGGCGCAGUCGAGUCCACGGAGUCCUCGCCGCCAGUACCGCGGCCAGAGCCCUGGAAGUCCCACUGUAGCGCGUCCUGGAUGUCCUUCCUCCUCCUCCUCCUCCUCCUCCUCCUCCUCCCUCCUCCCUCCUCCCUCCUCCCUCCUGAUCGAGUUGAACCGAAGCCGAGAGGUCGGACUGGUUGUUUCAGCCUUCAUCCGUGCGUAGAUCAGACACAUGCCAUGAUUCACGGGUACAGUGUAUUGACGGACACAUGCCAUGAUUCGCCCAGUCCCCUCGUCGGCAUUCUGGCAUAUGCGGUCUGGCGUCUCAUGAGUGGCCGUAUUUGCAGAGUGUGCAAGGUAGUUUCACGUUUUGCUUGUGCAAACCGGUACUUUCACGUAUUUUCGCAGGUUGCCACAACGAUGCCAGAAAUCGUGAUGGUCUCGCCACGUACCCAGAGUAGUCGUUGAUGCUUGUCGGUCUCUUGCAGGAUGGACGUAAGCUCGCUUGCGUGUGUGUAUUUCUUACCUGGGUAUAUGCCCGCCUGUGAUCACAAGUCUUUCUGAACUGCCUGCAUUGAAUGACUCGCGUUUGGGGUAAAAGUUUUUUUGAGUGCAUUCUUACCACGCGCCUGCACUGGCCUGGCUCGCGUGGCAACCACGCAUGGCACCGCAAUACCAUGAUACCGAUGGUGCACUCCCUCAACGCAAGUCGUUGGUUCUCGGCUCUUUCCCCGUUCUUCCCAUCUGGGAUGUCUUGGUGCAUCCACACUCUGCGAAAGCGUCCAACCGUUGACUAUCGCUCUGGUGCUGGCCAGUUCCAGGCAUUCUAACGCCUCCUUCAGUCUGGCAAUAGUGCCAGGCCCGCGCGAGUGUGGCUCGCUAAGGCCGGGCCGCGAGUUUGGAGGAACACGCCAAGUGCCUAGACCCGGAGAGUUGGCGUUCUGCACUUGCAGGCCAGCCAAGGCGCCAGCGGUUUGGGCAGUGGUCUUGGGCUUUUUUUGUGCGCAACGGGCGGAAGGCGAGGAGAGAGAGAGAGAGUGGGAGAGGAG